GACAGCUCUAUUGUUUCUCUACACUCUCCACCUAGCUCUUGUGCACUGACAAAAAAUAACUGCCAAUAGCUCUUGGAAAUCUGCCUGCCUUGGCACAAUUGAGCUUUACACUAUUCAAUCUGAUAACAAUUUUAUUUUUGAAAAACUACAAAAACAGAGUGUCUGUAGGUGCAAGAUGUACAGCUUUAUGGGAGGUGGAUUGUUUUGUGCGGGAAUAGGAAACAUACUCCUGGUAAUCUCCACUGCCACUGACUACUGGAUUCAGUACCGCCAGUCCAGCAGUUACAUGCAUCAGGGCCUGUGGCGCUACUGUGUUCCAGGGAAAUGCAUGACACACACAGACAGCAUUGCGUACUGGGAUGCCACCCGGGCCUUCAUGAUCCUGGCCAUCCUAGCUUGUUUCUUUGGCAUCAUCAUCGGUGUCAUGGCUUUCAUCAAUUACUCCUCCUUUGAUAGCUUUGACAAAACCUUUGCUGCGGGAAUUCUCUAUUUCAUUUCAUGCUUCUUUGUGCUGCUGGCCAUGGCUGUCUACACUGGGAUGACAGUUAACUACUAUGGAAAACGCUAUGGGAAUUGGCGGUUCUCUUGGUCAUACAUAAUGGGUUGGGUUUCUGUGGCACUCACAUUCUUUUCAGGGAUGUUAUAUAUGUGUGCUUACCGGAUGCAUGAACCAAGAGGCCCCAUAUCACGCUAAUCCGUUCAGUCUGAAUGUGAACCAUCAUGUCAUCCCUGGUCCCUUCAUUUUAGACCUGGCAUUUAUUGUUUAUUUUAAAUUACAAAACACCAACUAAUAAAUGACUAAUAAACACGUUCA